CUCCCGGCUGCCUUUGCGCGCCUGAGUCACGUGUUGGGGGAAGCGGGAAGGUGUCGUUCUUCUUUCCCCGCCUCCCCCGUCCGCCAUGUUUUCUGGCCGGGUCAUCCUUGGUCUUUCCGCGUAAGGAAAUGGCCGGGGGGUUUCAGAGAACCCAGGCGCCGUUGCCUCGGAGGAGCCCGGGCUGACGAGGCAGGGCAGCGGGGUAAACCGGAGCAGUUCUGCGCGGGGUGGGGAGGCCAUGGCGUCCAGCAGCAACUGGCUGUCGGGGGUGAAUGUCGUGCUGGUGAUGGCCUACGGGAGCCUGGUGAGAUUUCCCGACCCUAUUCCUGCUGUUGCGUGUGACCUGGUAGAGCCCCUCCCGGUGUUUGUGCUGCUGUUCAUUUUUGUGAAGAGGCAAAUCAUGCGCUUUGCAAUGAAAUCCCGAAGGGGACCUCACGUCCCUGUGGGACACAAUGCCCCCAAGGACUUAAAAGAAGAGAUUGAUAUUCGACUAUCCAGGGUUCAGGAUAUCAAGUAUGAACCUCAGCUCCUUGCGGAUGAUGAUGCAAGACUGCUGCAGCUGGACACCCAGGGAAAUCAGAGUGUGUGGCAUUCUCUUGGAAAAUACUUCAGUUGCUACAACUACUUAUACAGGAUGAAAGCUCUGGAUGCCAUCCGUGCCUCUGAAAUCCCGUUUCAUGCUGAAGGCCGGCACCCCCGUUCCUUAAUGGGCAAGAAUUUUCGCUCCUACCUGCUAGAUCUUCGAAACACUAGUACUCCUUUCAAGGGUGUGCGCAAGGCCCUCAUUGAUACCCUGCUGGAUGGCUAUGAAACAGCCCGCUAUGGGACUGGGGUCUUUGGCCAGAGAGAGUACCUGCGCUAUCAGGAGGCCCUGACUGAGCUGGCCACAGUGGUCAAAGCACGAAGUGGGAACUCCCAGCGACAGCAUCAGUCAGCAGCCAAAGACCUAACCCAGUCUCCUGAAGUCUCCCCAACCACCAUCCAGGUGACCUACCUCCCCUCCAGCCAGAAGAGCAAACGUGCCAAGCACUUCCUCGAAUUGAAGAGCUUUAAGGACAACUAUAACACACUAGAGAGCACUCUGUGACGGCGCUGAAGGGCUUGCUGUGGAUGGAGCCAGAGAGACUGCACGGUGCUUGCUGGGUGCCCCUCAGAUCAUCUGGAUCAGCUGAAGCUCCCGGUCGUGUCCACAGCUCUUAGACCUCAUGCCUAGAGAAUCAUUUUCCAAGCCUUCCUUAUGGCCAGUUUCAAAACACCAGUUAAGACUUUAUUUUCCUUUGGUAGCACUUUUUUUCUGGAGUUGAAUUAAGAUGUUUUUCUUAAUGUUUCUGUCAGAGCUUCCUUAAAAAUCCUCACUUGGUUUUGAUCAUAGUUCAUCUGCCCCUUUCUAGACUAUAAUCCCAAGGGUGAGAGAGUUGGGGUGACAGGGGAAGAAUGGUCAGACCAAUGCACUGGUCUGACUUUAUAAAUUAAUAAAAUGAACAAUAAAACAAUAAAGUAUAUGAUUCAUUCA